AUGAGUCUACGACGUCAACCAUCUCGUGCUACUUCAAAACCAACAAUUCCAUCCACACCUGCUCUUUUCACAAAUCCAACUAUCGACUUAUUUCUUCAACAAUUCUCACAAUUUCUUCGUCGUCACGUAGUCGAAAAUAAAAGUGAAACCGUCCUCGUCGCGGGUCCACCAUCCUGUGGUAAAACCAAACUACUCGAUCAUAUUUUCACUCAACUUCGUGCCGAAGAUCUAUCUCUUCUCGAGCGCUUGCUCAUCUUUCGUCUCAAUGGUUUGAUUCAUUCCGUCGAAUCGUCAGCUGUGCAAGAAAUCUCAUCGCAAUACGAUAUUCAAAUGAAAACCAAUCAAGAACAUCAGUAUGAAAAUCUGCAAAUCCUAUUCGAAACUAUCGCCAAUGAAAACAAAGACAAGAAACUGUACUUCAUCGUUGUUCUCGAUCAUUUCGAGCAGUUUACCUAUCAGAAAUUGAAUUCAAUCCUUUACACCUUAUUCGACGCUGUCUAUUCUGAUAAGAAAAGCUAUUCAAUCUUGACCAUCGCCGUUUCCAAUCGUGCCGAUUGUCUUGAACUGCCCGAAAAACGUUUGAAGUCACGUUUCUCACAAAUCUAUUACAUUCUCUCACCACCACCUACUGCUGACUACAUGAAAUACAUUCUUCAAACGUACAAAAUCAAAAAAGAUAUACAGAUCGAGAAAGAUCUAUUCAAUUCGUUAACAAAUAUUGAACAAAAGAUUAUUCAUUAUCUUCGAGAUGCCAGCGCAAAUCUGGACGAUGAUACUCGACCCGAUCAAUACCUAGACGGAUGUUUAACUCACUUAGAACUGUUAUUACUCUUAAUGACGAAUAAUGUUAUUAAACGUAUGGAUGAAAGAUUACAAAAUCAAAUCAGUGGAGCAAACGACAGCGGCGAUGAGGACGAUCAAGACGAAGAGGAAAACAGCGGUGGAAUUCUUACGGAUACAAAGUUUACUUUUGAUCAAGUGUAUCAUGAAUACUCAAAAUAUGUGAUGAAAAAUCACAAGUAUUUCUAUGAUAAAGGGGUUGUACGCAAGACAUUCAUCCGUUUGAUUGAAAGAGGCUUUAUUCGACGAUAUUUCGGUCGAUAUGUCCUGGUAGAUGAACCAUUGAGUGGCGAACAUACAAUGAUCAUGACAAUCAACAGCAAUGAAUUAAAACAAUUUAUUGAAUCGAAGCCUUUACCUGCAGAAAUUAAACGCUAUGCUAAAUCCAAUACAGUUAUCUAA